UGAUCUACAAAAGGGACAUUGAAGAAGUGUAUUUUUAGUGUAUUUUCAAUUAAUUGUGAUAUAUAUAGUGUUCGCAUCAUGCAGUUACAGUUUUCUAUAAGCAUUACUGAUAAGAUUGUGAUUUUGUGCUGCUUCUUGAAGCUAAUCGUCGCUGGUGUUCUUCAACAAAGAUUUCCUUGUGCGCCGGUUGAUGUAAUUUCUGCGAACGGUGCCGCGGUACCGGUGGCUUGUGCCCUCAAAGCUAUCGGAAGUAAAGCAGAACCGGCACUUCCGACUUACGUCAAGGUCAACACUCCGAUCUCGUAUAGGCCACUGCCGAAGACUUCAUCAUUGGUGUACAUAGCGCCGCCAAUUUUUAAAACGGCCUCGGCUGUUGUUGCAACCGAGCCAAAAGGCGAGAAAGAGGCAGAAUUUACGGCAUAUCCGAGAUACUCGUUCAAUUACGGUGUCCUGGAUGGAUACACGGGGGAUUCGAAGUCAGCAUGGGAAGAAAGGGAUGGAGACACCGUAAAAGGCGAAUAUUCUGUCGUCGAGGCAGAUGGGUCGAUUAGAACAGUCACCUACACGGCUGAUGACCAUAAUGGCUUUAAUGCUGUCGUAACAAGGAACGAGCCUCCGAAGAAUGCGAGGCAAGACGUUAAUGUGAAAAGAUUUCUACCGGCUACGAUUCUUCCUGAACCUCAUUAGAGGCAAAUCAAUUACUCCGUGAAGCGUUUCCACCAUUUUUCUUCCAUGCGAAUUGUUGAACCUUUUGUGAAGAGUGAAGAGAUUUGUUAACGCGGAGAAAGUGAAAAUGCGCAAUAUAUUAUACAAACAGUUAUUACUGCCCACUUUGUUGACAGAUGACAUAUUUGGAACACGUGUGCAAACACGCUAACACGCUAAUUCUAUGACCAUUUUCAACGCAUUUCAAUUUCCUCUUUUCAUGAGGUUCAACACUAGUAGUUCUAACUUAUGUAGAGAAGCAUGAAAUAAAGAUCGAUUUCUUUAUUAACAAUAUUUUAUUUAAAUAUAGUGGAUACAAAAAAUAUUUUUUUCAAUUUUUUAUAAGGUUUACUUUAAAACUUCAAUUUUACAGUUAUGGACAAUUAAAGAUUACAAAGAAAAAACCUGUAUUAAAAUAUAAUACUGCUAAAAAUAAAUAUGUAUGUUAAGAAAGGACAAGUGAAUUAACAUUUCGUCCGUUGUAUUAGUCGAUUACGUUAGUUAUUCGUUAUUAAAAACAAAAGUUUAAACUUCAUGUAACUUCACUUCCUUGUGCAAUUGUUAUUCUAUCUUUAUUACAACUAUGAACUUCGGUAUCCUAUUUUCUUUGUAUUUUACAUUAAGAUAGAACAAAGAACUUUAUACAAAAGAAAUAAAAUGAGUAAUCCAAAGUACUGCCUAAGUUCAUAAAUUUAAAACUAAAAGCUGCAUGAUAAUACUUGAACAGAUCAAUUGUAUAAAACUAAUUCUAAUCCCUGGCAACGUAUUCUGUAUUUGUCACAAAAGAAAAGAGAUACAAAAAAUAAUAUGAUUCUAAUUUUAAAUCUAAUUAGACAUUGUUCAACUGACUAAUAUAAAUUUGCAAGAUCUUAAUGUUUAAUUCUUUAUCCCUAACUAUUAGUCUCGUAUAAUACUAUAUUCAUUGCCUCUUAACUUAUCAUGUUUAUUCUUAAAUAUUAGACCAAAAAGAAUAGUUGUACGAUGAUGGUAAACUGGUCAACAUCCUCCAUCGUUCAAGCCUUUAUCUUCUAAAUAAUCCUAACAUUCCUAUUGCUAACGUAAAAGCCUUUAAUGUUCUUCACCUUUUCAUCGAAAAUCAAUGUUCACGGUGCAUUUAUGGUAAAAAAACAGUGAGAUCUUGUACAUUGAUAAGGUCGAGUGAGACAUAAAGAAACAAGUUCAUUCAAUCAUGCUCAGAUGGCCCGUUAAGUGAUGAUAACAGUUUGAGGGUAUUCUACCUAUUCCUAGAUCUUUUGUUGCUA